UGAGCCGCCCGAAUUGCACAGUGACAGCAUCCUGGGGAGUUUAGAUGAGGCUGUAGUAGCAUAGUAGGUAUCGUUUGAUCGUAAGGUGCAGUGGGAUGUGUGUUAUAAGGACGCAAAUCGUAAUUCAGUCGUGUCUUUUGAAAAUAUUUUUUUCUGGUGUUUUUUUUUGUUGAUAACAUAAUCCUGCAUUUGAUCUCAGGUACAUAGAAGUUAAAGUGGAAAUUCCUUGGAGAAUACAUAACAUAUUACCUAGGAAACUUCCCUUUAUUGUUAUUAGAUACAUAAACUACUUUUCACAAUAGCCUGCAGCAGUUUGCAUGUAUGAUGUUAUUUCAGUUUAUUGUUUUUAAUACCUUUCAGUAAGUGCAUACUUAAUAAUUCAUUACAUGAGAACAUAAUCAUGUAAAUGUGUUGUGUGUUUUUUUUUAUUUUUAUUUUUUUAUACUUUUUAUUUUUUUAUUCAAAUUUUAUUUAUUUUUAGUAAACUGGCAGGUUCACACAUACAGUGUGAUAUCAUGACUUCUGCAGUGGAACGCACAGAUGACCUGGUUAGAGAAUACCUCACCUUCAGAGGGUUCACCAACACUUUGAAAUUCUUUGAAGCGGAUAUCAAAGCUGACAAAGAGAAAGGACUCCGGGUAAACCACUUCAUAUGUGAUAAACGCAUCUCUUUACAACUGAUGUAGACUUGUAUAUAUGUUACUCUUCUCAAGAUUUCUUUAGUGUGUUCAGUAAAUAGCAGACCAUGCAUUGAGUAAGGAAAUAGUUGAAAUAAUUGUCUAUGCAAAUCACUGAACUGUAUAUGGCAGUUUUAAUCAAAACUUUGCUAAGUCAAACACAAGUGGCUAUUCCCAAAAACAUGUAGUUGUUCAGCUGUUUUUGCACUUCUGUAUAUACUUCUUCUAUAGGCCUCAAUGGGUUUGUUAAAUGCAUAUAGAGAAUUGCAACUGAAUUAAUUUAAUUAUUUUGAUUCAAUGCCUCCGAUUAAGGGAAUUGAACCUACAAUCCAAGAUUAAUUAAUGCUGUUCCUAACCUCCCACCCCUAUUAUGGUAUACUAACCCUAAAUCCCACCCUCCUUCCAAAAACUCUACUUGUACUCCUGUGACAGUGACUGACAUUCAGUAGUAUUUGGUUACAGUUCCACUGGAAAAUCAAUUGGAGUACUAUUCAGUGAAAUCUUACUGCUGCCAUGGGAUCCAAUUGAAAAUAACAGGGAUUUGCCCAACUCAGUGCGAUUUCAGUUUGAUUAUAGUGGGUAAAGUGAUAUACAGAGUAAUUUUAUUAUCUAGAUUUGGCAGAAUUCAACAGAUUGAAUUCAUUUUAAUGUAGAAGUACAAAACCUUUUUAGAGAGGGAGACAGAUGAUUGGCUUGAAUUCUUACCAUGGGUCUCUGCCAUGUGACGUCAGUGAGAUGGUUGUGCUUGAUUAUUGGAAGUGAUCUUUCCGAUGUCUGGUUGUAGGCUGCUGGAUGAGUUCUGUAAAAUGCUUUGAAAAUAUUAAUCUCCUCUUACAUGUCCUUCCCCAACCUCUUGACUAUGAUCCCCUGUGUUUCUCCCCAUUACUCCAAUUUCCCAUGCCUACACUCCCUCAUUUAUCUCUUCACCAUUUUAAAUUAGCAGUUCUCCAACAAGCAGCAUACAUGGAGGUCAUUUGAUUUCUUUGUCAGGCUGCUGCUCACCUCCCCACAAUUUACAAAUGUGGCUGUGCAUGUGAGGAGAGAGCCAGGGAUGUGAGGCUAUCUCCAGUAUCCACCUCUCAUCCUUAACAUCGCACCAAGCCAUAAAGUUGAGAAAGUGACCUGUCACCUGGUCUCACAUAACUGGGCCUGACAUCAACACAUUUCCAUUGACCAACUCUGACGACAGGUGUGCAUGCUCACUUGUUGCUACGUCGAAUUUUGUAAGCUGUGAACCAGUGGUCAUGUAUUCAUGACCGGAUUUUGCCUGGCUGCAGGAGGUUGUGCACCCAGUGUCUCUGAUGUAUAAAAUUUAUAAAUGGUUACUUACUCCUGGCAAAUACUGCAAAGCUGUAUAAUUGGAAUCUAAAACAAAUCAAGCAAUUAAUAAAUGAUGUCCAAGAAGUUAGCGUGAAUAAUAAUUUAAGAAGGCACAUUUAUUGGAAAUCGUACUCCGUCAAUAUAAAUCAAACAGCCACAGUACAUAAAAAAAAUAAAAAUAAAAAAAAAAAGUAAUUUUUUACAUUUACGAUUUUGUCCCUAACACCCAGGACAUGGGUCUGUACAGAUAGUGUGGAUUGAUAUGAAUCUAGGACUAAACGCUUAAGUAGCUAAAACAAAAGUAAUAGACGAAUAGCCAAGAAAAAGUAUUUUGUAUAAACUCUUACUGAUUAGUGAUUCAUUGGCCAUUUUUAAUAAUUUUAAAAUCAGACUGUAACAGAUCUAGCAAUCUGUUUUCUGUCACAAUGACUUCCAGCUGUCUCCAUCAUUUAAGGGAAGCAGUAUUGCACUAGGUUAAUGUUAAACGUUUUAUGAAGAUCUUGAAAUGUAUUGGUACUCUUCCCUGCACCCCCAUCUCAGCUGAAUUCAUAAAAUGUGAAAUUUACACUUGAAUGUAACCUGUAAAAUAUUGAUUUAAAUGUGAGUGUCCCUUUAAUAAUUUUUGGUGCAGCACUGUCCGGUACUGAAUCAGCACAAAUCCUUCUUUGUUUGUAAAUACAGGAAGUAAAGUUUCUGCAGAAUAUCUUGCAUAUUUAAAUUUAUGUAUAUAAAUAUUCACCAACAGUUUCUGGAUGUAGCUGGCAGGGCCUUUUAUCUUUUUUAGGUGGUAUACUUUUAAAAAGACCCAGAGGUAUGAAGGCCACCUUAAACCGUCCUGAAGCAGCUUGUCAAGGUCGCCACAAUAAAAUAUUUCCUAAGGGGGCUAAUCUGAAUGGCUUGCUCUAUAAUUGUAUGACCACAUGGUAGUUGAUAUAUGCAAUAUAUAACUGUUUAUCGGGUUGGGUUAAUAUCAUUGGCAGGUGGAUAGAAUUGUGGAUCAGCUCCUGCAGUUUAUCCAGAGCUAUGAUCUGAAUGGCUUGCUGGAUUAUUGGGCUUAUCUUGAAAGACGUCUUUUCAGCCGUCUUGAAGAUGCGUAUCGUCCAACCAUCCACAAACUGAGGACCAGUCUCUUCCGCUAUUAUCUUGUCUACACAGUGCAGGUGGGUUAAUUAAUCUUCUAUUGAUACUACGGUCUCUGCAGCCAACCAUUUAUCAUUUAAUUUUUUUUUUUAUUUUUUUUUUAUCUUUGCCCUCCCUCAGUUUUAGAGCAUCCUUCACCAUAAUUCUGUUUUUAGCUACAAGGCCCACCUAAUUUGCCUUCAAAAUUGAAUGCGAAUGUCAUAGGAACCUCUGCUUAAUGUAUUAUUACUGUAUCUGUAUGGUUAUCUUUGCAUUACAGACCAGCCGGACAGAUAAGGCACAUGACUUCUUCCAAAAACAAGCUGCAGAGUUACAAAAUCAGGCUGAAUGGAAAGAAUGGUUUGCCCUACCCUUCCUGCCAACCCCUGAAGGGAAUCCAAUCUUUGCCUCCUAUUUCUCCCGAAAGUGGGCAGACAAUUUUACGGUAUCACUACAUAACUUCCUCAGCGUCCUUUUUCAGUGUAUGCAUAUCCUUUUAUUUGCUAUUGUUGAUUUUCUGUGGAGGAAAAAAAUAAUUUUUUGUAAAGAACAUAUUUGGAAGUAGCUGAAAUUGUAUUGUCAAGCAAACUGUACAUUAACCUGACACUAGUUUUUAAUUUUUGUUAAUUAAAAGCCUAUUGAAUAGCUGUUCAGAAAUAGGAGGCCGUAUGUAUGUAUGCUGUGAAAUAAUGAUUGUAGUGAGAACAUUUUAAAUUUAAAGUCAACAAAUUCUAUUAUUUUAAAAGAUUCAUGUUUGAGAGUCUUAUUCAUAGUUCUCAGUGUACACUAUAAAGUAUUUAUCACAGAUCCUCUCAUAAUUUUGAAUUGAAUUUGUUAUGCUGACUUAACUUGUAGACUUUUGUAGUGCUGUACAGUGGGUGUUCAUGGUGCUUGGAUUUAAUGUUGAACCCAAUUGUCUUCUGGAAUGCAUGAGUGAACAGUGGAUUUAUUGUUCUUGGAUUUGGUUUAUUGAGUAAACCCUUAAAAGUUUACUGUAACCUUUUAUUUAUAAAGAAAUAAAAGUUUUUAAAGUUACUAUGCCCUACUGACCACUGUUUAUAGGUGCCACCCACAAAAAGAUUAGAAAUACAAAAGGCAAAAAAAGUUUUUUUUUAUUUUACGAACUUGGAAUACAGAUCUAGGCAAAGCUCCCAGACUGCUUUUUUUUGACUCUUCCGAUGUCAUCAAGUUUCUUGAGUGGUCCAGUUGAUGUGGAAUGUUUUGUUGGCUUGGAGUCUCAUGCAUGCCUUCUGACCAGGGGAGGGAAGGGAUUUAAAGAAAACCAAACCAUAUAUCAGCUAUAGAGGGAAGGGAGAGCAAGUAAUCCCCUUUUGGUUUUACCUUCUUUAACCUUCUUGCACCUGUGCCUACAAUCUUAAACUUUGACACAGAAUUUCAGAAAAUUGUCCACAUGCAGGAAGAGAAUGAUGUCUUGAGACAAAAGGUCAGUAGAAUGUUAUACACUCAUUUCUCUGUGAAGAACCUGUACCAAUAUUGAUUUUAUCCAAACCUUUCUUCUAUUCUUUCAGCUUUUUGCUCUGCAAGCGGAGACACAACGAACAAAGAAGGAUGGUGACGAUGGGCCCUUAGUCCACCACAAGCUGCCGCACUAUGUGUCUAAUAUGGAUCGGUUGGGGGAUUCAGAGCUGUCAGUAUGAAUAAUUUGCACAAACAGCAUUCAGUAUACCAGUGAUGGCUAACAUGUGCCACUCUUAUUUUGAAUUUUGCUUACCAUGGUGAUCAGCCUUCAUUUUGUCCAGGAAAGCCUUGUGAAAAAUAGUGUCCAGAGAAACAGCUGCUUUGUUAGAAGAAAAGGAAAAUCAUGAUAGUCUACUACUUGUACUGAAACUUUAAAGGACAACUGUCAAUUUUUACAUUUAAAGAGAUAUAUAUAUAUAAAUAGAUAUCUCAUGGUGUUUCUUUAACCCCUUAAGGACACAUGACGUGUGUGACAUGUCAUGAUGCCCUUUUAUUCCAGAAGUUUGAUCCUUAAGGGGUUAAAUGUAGAAAGAAAUGAAAAAUUGUGUGUAUAUAUAUAUAGUCUGAGUUUUUCCGGGCUCAGCAGUCAUGUUGGGUGAGUCUGUACUGUUAUCUGACAAACUGCUGCUCAUUAACUUGUCUGCUGCAGCAGUUUCACACCGUGCAUUCACAGCAGGCAAGUUAGGUUUAGCAGCAGUUGGUCAGAUAACCGUACAGUCGGACAAAACAUGUCUGUUCAGCUAUGUAAAAGUAAUAUAUUCUCAAAAAUAAAAAAAAAUAUACAUUAUGAGGAUUCUUUAAAUGAUCAUUAAAUUACAGUUGUCCUUUAAAUAAAUGUACAUGUACAUAAGACCAUAUAGGUGGAGGAGAUAUGGAAUAGCUCCCCAGAAUUCCAAGGGGAGGCACCUAAAGGUGAUAUAUUUGUUGAGUGAUUGUAUUUUUGGCAGCACAAUUUUAUGUGUACUGUACUGUAUCACUAUGUCAGUGUUUUUCUUGAAAAUUCACAGCUGCAUCCACUAUUUUGGUUCUGUCAUUAAUGCGUAUUACAGAUCACGCCAUUUUGAACAACUUUGGUUUGCAGUGAUAGACUGGGGCCUGGGCUAAUCCUGUUUUUACAAUCUUUCAUUGCCAACCAAGGUCUGGAGACUUGUAAAAUCUGUCUGUGUGUGUGUUUGUAUAUGUAUAAAUAUAAUUAUGAAGAAUGGUGAGCACUCACGGUCUUUAGAAGAGUUUAAAACUUGUACGUUUAUUAAAGAUUUAUUUAAAAGGAAAUCGACGUUUCAGUCCAUGUACUGGACUUUCCUCAGGACCAAGAACCUUGUUGUACCUAGUUCUUGGUCCUGAGGAAAGUCCAGUACAUGGACUGAAACGUCGAUCUCCUUUUAAAUGAAUCCCUUAAAUAAACGUAAAGUUUUAACCUCUUCUAAAGACCGCAAGUGCUCACCAUUCUUCAUAUUUAUCUACAUUACCUUACCCUGGUUUGAAGCACACAGCAGCCUUUUGCUUUAAGUAUGUGUGCAAGGAACUUUAAAAAAAAAAAAAUAAAAAAAAAAAAAAUAACAAAAAUAAAUAUAUAUACUCACUUAUCCACUAAACAGCAACUUCAAUGUUGGCAGAUUUUAUUAGUUUAAACAAACCCAACCCUAAUCUAGGCAAAAAUAAGGGGGAUUUAGUUACAUUAUAUGAUCAUACAUUGCAUAAGCCUGCCACAAUGUCAAUGUGUAUAUAUAUAUAUAUAUAUGUGUGUGUGUUAUUGCUAAACACAAAUACACACACCAGUCAAGCCAUAAGACUUGCUUUUCCCACAGAAAUCUCAAAUUAAGUGUCCCCACUACUGCAAGGGAUUCUGGGUAGGAGUAUGCAAAUGAGCUCAACAAAGAACCAAAUUUUUGCCUCAUAAUUCAUAGUGUGUGUGUGUGUGUGUGUGUGUAUGUAUGUAUCUCUAUAUCUAUAUCUAUAUACAUACAUACAUACAUACAUACAUUCUGGAUUUUGUCAAAUAGUGGUAUCGUCCACUAUUGAUACCGACAUUGAUGAUAAUUUGAGAGGCGGCAGUGGCACAGCGCAUCCAAAGGCAGAACACACAGCCACAUUAGGGCUCACCUGCUGGGGGCUUGAAAAUCGAGUGAUCGGAAGGAAGCACACACCCCCACCAGUCACUUGGAGAGGAACGCGGCGCAGUAGCUUCAGUUUCCGAAACUGAAGCUCCUGUACCGACCUGUUUCACUUACGCGAGAGAGGCACACCAGGAUGGGGAGAGGACCAGGGUGGGUGGGGGUGAGGGAGAGGAACACUAAGGGACAGGGAGGGAAAGGGAGGUGAGGGGUACACUAAGGGACAGGGAAAGGAGAGGAACUCAUGAAAACAUAAAAAAAAAAAAAAAUUCUGAGUGGCAUGUAUAUUUUCUGCAUUUACAACUUAAUAAAAAAAAAAAAAAAUAAAUAAAAAACAUGUUCCGAUUUGUGUAGAAAUUGUUUCUUUUUUCAAAAUGGUAAAUGUACAGAAUAUCGGUAAAUUAUCGGCUAUGGGCCUAAAAAUUCACAGAUUAUCGUUAUCGGCUAUAAAAAAAAGUCAAUAUCGGUCGUUAUAUAUAUUUAUAUAUAUAUAUAAUUUUAUUUUUACAAAUCUUCUUUUUUUUUUUUCUUUUUUUUAUUAAGUUGUAAAUGCACAACAACUUUCCCUGUCCCUUAGUGUACUUCUCACCUCCCUCGCCCUCCCUGUCCCUUAGUGUUUCUCUCCCCCCCCAUCCUUGAUGGUCCCCUCCACUCCCUGGUGUGCCUAUUUAUCUCUCUUGUAGUGUUAAAUAUAUUCAUAAAAAAAGUAGGUAGUCCGCAUUCAAGGUCUUGUAAGAAAAGAAUUUAGAAAUACGAAGAUCCCACAAUUGGUCAGCGUUUCAGUUCAAUUCAAAGGACUUUCAUCAGGGUCCUGAUGAAAGUUCUCUGAAUUGAACUGAAACGUUGACCAAUUGUGGGAUUUUCAAAUUAUUAAAUUAUUUUCUUACAAGACCUUGACUGCUGCCUACCUAUUUUUGGGUGUAUAUUGUGCAGCCGAGCACCGGGCAGAAAGACUGGGAAGCUGGAGUGCAGGACCUAAGAACUGUGUGUGUGUAUAUAUAUGUAUAUAUAUAUAUAUAUAUAUAUAUAUAUAGUAAAUGGUUAGGCUUUGUGUGCAGGCAGAUUCCUGCUUAUUUUUAUUUUUCAUUAUAAUAUAUUUUUAUUGGGAUUUGCUUUGUCAAACCUCUCAGAGCUGUUUGACGGAAUACCAGGGGACAGGACCCUAUUCGCUGCACAUUAACCAUUACAAUGAGUUUAGUGGAUGUUACUUAACGUAGCUGUUCACAAUUAAGGAACAGACAACAAAUGACGUGAGUAAUAGAAAUAGUAUAAUGGAAAAAAAUUAACAAUCCAUUUCUUUUUUGCUCCACUGUUUUUAAUGUGUGUUUUGUUUAUCUUGCGAUCUCUUGCUGCAGUAACAUGGUAUCCAGUCAGAGGAAUUCAGGCCUGGCUGUUCAGUCUCCAAAAACAACCAGCUUCCUUUCAUCCCUUCUUCCACAAAGCAAGAAACCUCCAGCCAGACCAACUCUUCAGCCCUCUGUCUCCUCACCAACACAGAGUGUGACUGCCUUGCCACUAAAGAAGGAGGCUGCUAAUAAUCAGGUAAUGUUAGAUAAACUAUUCUAUUUAAGACUAGUGAAGAAAAUGUGUUGUGUGUAUUUAUGUAUUACUUUUAUUUUGCACGUGGUAUUCUUGAUGCAGGGAUUAUCAUCAAUGUUCAAAUUGCACUAGUGUUAUGUGCUGUGAAUGAAACUUAGGACAAGCUUGUAGGAAUGUGGCUGUUCUUGUUUGAGGUCUUGACUUGUAAAUAAAAAAUAAAAGAAGAAAUAUUUCAAAAUAUUCUUUAUUAUCACAUAGAUUGAACUUUAAUUCUACUUUAAAGGACCACUAUAGGCACCCAGACUACUUCAGCUUAAUGAAGUGGUCUGGGUGCCUGGUCCAGCUAGGGUUAACCUUUUUUUUUUUAUUUUUUUUUAUAAACAUUGCAGUUUCAGAGAAACAGCUAUGUUUAUAAAUAGGUUAAUCCAGCCUCUAAAGCCUCUAGUGGCUGUCUCAUUGACAGCCGCUAGAGGCGUUUGCGUGCUUCUCACUGUGAAAAUCACAGUGAGAAGACGCAAACGUCCAAAGGAAAGCAUUAUGAAUGCUUUCCUAUGAGACUGGCUGAAUGCGCGCCCAGCUCCUGCCGCGCAUGCGCAUUCAGCCGAAGAGGCGGAGAGGAGGAGGAGAGCUCCCCGCCCGGCACUGGAGAAAGAGGUAAGUUUAACCCCUUCAGGGCAAGUAUGUUUUCCUGGCACUAUUGUGGUCCUUUAAUUAUGUUUACCGUGCCAUGUACACUUUUUAACAAAAUUGUAAAUCUAGUAAUACACAGUCUGCAUUUUUUUUUUAAUCUGUCAAUACAAGGUGAAACUGUUGGUGUCUCCUAGUGGGGAAUUCAUCCUUCUACAUGCAGGAGCAGUAUUACUGUCUCGCCAGCUGUAAAUUAAAUGUAUCUUUGGUAAGGAACCAAUCAUCAUCUAGUAUGAUGUCCAUUAUCUCAUUAUUCAGGAAAUAUACAAAGCACAAUGUAUCACACUUCACGCUUUAUUAACUGGUUUGAUAGAGCUAAGAUGUUGGUCUAUAAUGCAAGGGCAUAUCGGUCUUGGUAAUGUGUUCAUUUACAUACACAUUUAAGUUUCAUUGUUUUUUUUUUUUUUUUUUUUAGAAAGCAAAAGAGGUUGUGACGGCACCUAAAGAAGCCAAGGCUGUCCAAAAUGUUCUUGGUGUGCCAGGAUCCACUGAAGCUAACCUGGCACGGCAGAGGCGUUUACAGGAGAGGAAAGAGCUCCUGUCUAAGGGAUCGUUGCAGGUAAACCUAUUUUACAUUUCCUAUACAUGUCCACUAACUGUUACUUUAUUACCUGUAUCCAUAUACAAAUGGAACUGGUUUACAUGCUUUACUGUUGAUACAUUAUAUCCCUUACUUAGGUCAAUGAAAAAUCCUAGGAGGCCGGAAGCCUCGGCGUCUAAAGAAUAUUACAGCAUUUUUAUUUAUUUUCUUUUUGUGUAUUUUACAGUUUUCUGACUGUGGUAGAAGGAAACCUAGGUGGUUUCGUUUAAAUUAAAAGCCUUAUCUGGUUUAUAGACUAUCUAAGGUCAUUUGUCAAGUACUGGGCUGUUUAAAAAUAAUUAGCAAAGACAUUUUUAUUGGUUGUUUCCUUUAAAGACUGAUUAUGGCAACUGACUGUUCAUUCCUUCUCCACCAAAGUGUUACAUUCCAAUUAGCCCUAUUCUGUCCACACAGUACUGUGCAGUUUCUUGGAAUCCAUUUUGAGUGGGCAUAGGAUUUGGCAGCUUAUUUGUUGUUAUAUGUAAUAUAAUAGCCCAAUUAAGAGGGAGGAUUAGGGUUAAAUAGGCCAUGGAACCCCACCCCCAAUUACAUGCAUUUUGGCCCUAAAACAUAUGUGUGUAUAUGUAUUUAUAUUAAAGGGAUCCUAUAGUGCCAGAAAGUUUUCCUGGCACUCUAUGGUUAAUAGGUCCCCCCCCCACUGUGGGGUUGAAGGGGUUAAAAGCCCUUCAGCUACUUAACUAAAUCCAGCACCGAAAACCUGUUUGGAUUCCGGAAGCCCUCUAGUGGCUGUCUAACAGGGAGGGCAGACUUAGAGCUGCAAUGUAAAUAUUGCAGUUUCUCUGGAAAUGCAAAGUGCAAAAGGGUCACAGUACCCAGACCACUUUAAUGAGCUGAAGUGGUCUGGUUGCCUACAACGUCCCUUUAAGAAAAAAAGGUAAAGGUUGAUUGUAGUUUACAUUUGUACAGCUGCCAGGUGGGCCCCAAGUAAGCUGUCAUGACAUUCUUAAACAGUUUGCCUACUUACACUGGGAGGGCAACAGGGCACACAUGGCACCAUAAUCACUUAAGCGGACUGUAGUAAUGAUGCUUGGGAACAUUCCUUUGAAGCCUUUUUUUUUUUAAUUAUUUUUUUUUUUAUUUGUAUUUUUUUUUUUGGGUUACCCUUAUUGAUGUUUGCUCAUUUCUGUGAUAUCAAUAUGCCUGUAACUCUCUAAAGCAGGCUUCCCCCAACUCUGGCCCUCCAGAUGUUGCUGAACUACAACUCCCAUGAUUCUCAGCCUAUUUCAUUCAUAGAAUCAUCGGAGUUGUAGUUCAGCAACAUCUGGAGGGCCGGAGUUUGGGGAAGCCUGCUCUAAAGGGAUGAACGUCUGAAAUGUAUUUCUUGCAUGUUUCUACAAUCCUGAAUUCAGAGCAUUGAGAAGAAGUCAGAAUCAGUAGAUGUGGAUACUGAUGUCCGGUCUGAAACACAUAGUGAUUCAGGAGAUGCACUAACCAGAGUUCUGGGAGCUGGUACCUUAGGUGGGAAUGAUAAACCAGAGCAGCCUUUUAUAGUUUUGAGCCAGGACGAGUAUGGCGAACACCACUCUUCGAUAAUGCACUGCAGGUACUUGGCAUUUUAUUUACUGACCACCGUUUACUUAUUCAGAACUGAAACUAUCAUGCAAGGCUGGAUGAUUUCUCAUAAAGCAUAGUAGACCGUUUCAAAAGGAGACGUGCAGGGAGAAUGUCGUACAAGUUUGUGUUUUCCAAAUUCAAGGGAAUGUAACAAAUGUGGUUGGAGGAAUGGGAAAUCAAAAUAUGUAACAGCCUGUAUACAAAUUAAAUUCAUGGACUAAUCUAGCUUAUUGUAGUGGUUACCUACCAAUCUUUGCACAUUUUCUUUAUUUCUCCUUAAUGACUUACUUCAAAUACCAUGUCCACUGUUAAAUGUGGUGUAUGUGGGGAGGGGGUAAGGGGUAGCUAAGCCUGUUUAAGGGGUGAGGAGGAGGCUACUGGCUUUAGACCCAUCUAAAGGAUAGAUAAGGGACCCCUCACACUCUGUAAUUUACUGGCCCCAUCUAACUGCUGUCUGUGGCCAGUGUUCGAACACAAUUCUGGCUCAUUCAAGGGUUAACUAGAUAACAACCGCAACUAUUCAAUCUAGUCAAUUGACUGCCAUCUUCGAAUAAUUUAUGGCUCGUUCAAAGCCAGAUUUGCAAACUGUAGACUUUGUUUAAUGCUGUGAGCAAUGACUGGUUAAUGCAGUCUGACUGGCCCUGUACAGAACCAGAUGUUUUUUUUUUCUCCAUUCCGACUUUGUCAAUGUACCCAUUACUGUUUGAAUUUUACCCUUGGGACCUCCCUCUCUCUGAAACUACAAACCUCCAUUUAAAAAAAAAAUAUAUAUAUUUUUUUUUUUGGUGGAACCCUGCUAAAUGUAUUUGCAUGUGUUAUGUCUAAUUUCUGCCAGGGUGGACUGCUCAGGGCGUCGGGUGGCCAGUCUGGACGUUGAUGGGGUGAUUAAAGUUUGGUCUAUUGAUGGCAUCAUGCAGACCAAAGCUUCUUCCAUAUCAAAGUCUGCUCUUCUAUCUCUGGAAUGGGCGACAAAGAGGGACAGGCUGGUGAGUGUUACUUACAAUUAGACCUUAGUAUUACAUUAACAUUGGAUUGCAUAUGAAUUGGGCAUGGAAGAAAAUAUCUCUCCUCUAGCACACGUCAGUUUAUUGAAGUGGUCUGGGUGCAGUGUCCCAAUUGCACUUAGUGCUGCAAUGUUAAAUGUAACGGAUCGACGGGCACCCUGACUGGGUACCUCCAUUGAAGGUUGCUCCAAGCACUCCAGCCGACACCAUAACCACCCUAGACUCCUCCAGAGUGCAAGGCAGGAACAAGCUCUUACAAGAGCUUAGUAGUGAUUUAGCAAGGGAGUAUGACAAGCAUAGCCAUCCCUUGUAGCAGAUUCCCCCAAUAAGAGACGGCACUCCAAAUUGAGGGUGAAGUAGAACUCAGGUUUUUAAUGACACACACUCUGCUUUUAUGCAAUUCUCCCGUGCAAGGGAGACGCCCACAGACAAUUAUGAAUUACCCAAUCAAACACUGGUAACAUCCCACACAUCUCCUCCCCUUAGCCUGAGAGGUAACACAAUUCGCCAUCUAGUUUAAAACAUAGUUUUUACCCAACUUUCAUAAUUCUAAAACUAUACAACCAAUAUUAAUAAAACAUUUACAAACAUACCCAAAAAUCAUUAGAAUCCGUUCAGCUGUUCGGGAGAUAGAUAUGUCACCUUUGACCGACCGCAAGCACAUUUUCAUGCCCAAAACAGUUCCAGAGAAUCAGGCUGUGCGGCUGGUCUAUUUCCCAUGUUAAAGUCAGUUUAAACAGACGAACGACAACCAUUCGAACUGUCGAAUGCAUUUUGUUCCAGGGAAGGUAAAACUUCAGCAGUGUUCGUGGCGUUCUGUAGCCUAUUUUAGUUCCAUGAGUUUGAUGGCACACACCGCUGACUGCAUUCGAAUGAAUCAAAAUGGCCGCCGCCACGUGUUUGGUUUUCUAAUGUCGGCCACUUCGGCUGCAUUCAAAGUGCCAUGCCAAAAACAGCAGGUCCUUUCCCAAAGUACUUAAAGGGCCAGAAACAGCACAAUAAAAAUCCAUUAUGCUCAAAUAUAAUUCUUAAAGGGCCAUACACAGUCCAAUACAAGUCCAUAAGCCCCAAAUUCGUUCCUUAAAGGGCAAUACAUCCCAGGGGCCAUUGUCACAUGGCAGGAGGCUGGCAAUCAGUCUUCUCCAAUGCCCAGUGGCAAGGCUGGUUCCGCCACAUUUCUCCCCUUUCCAUAAAAUACUAACAAGGUAUCUGACCUCCUGUCGGUCAGUGCCUUGGUUAGUCCAGCAACCCACCCACAAAACAUAAUCAGCAGUACAGCCCACCCACAAUAAAUAGUUACUGCACCUGGGGAAAUGUGUAGCUUGCCUUUGUCCAGGGGCUCCCCCACGGCUGUGUGGGGUACUGGCACUCUUGAUCUGUGGGUUGCUGAGUGGGCAGAGACCAGCGGUACUCUGCCCUGGUGCCAGCGCUUAAGCUUGAGUAGCCUGGUUGGUGCUCAGCUGGGCAAAGGGGGUAGUAUGCACCUCUCCCUGGAAUCGGUGCUCUGGUGGGAGGGGGAGACCGACUGUCUCCCCUUCCAAUAAACGGUCCUGCUGCUGGUGGUCUGGACAGGUUGCCCCGCAUCCCUGUGGUUCAGGUACAGAGGUCACGGCCCCGUCUGUGUCAUCUGGGAGACUAGAGUCUCCCCUUUGGUGAAUAAGCUGCCGCUGGAGAGAGGUGGUAACAGGCUCCUCUCCCUGAACCAUAUACUGCCGCUGGGGGAGGGGAACUCAUGGUCUCCAUUCCCAAUACAUUGUCCUGCUGCUGGGGAGCGAGACCGACUGUCUCUGCUCCCUGUAGGACACUCUUCUGUUAGGGAGUAGGACCGACUGUCCUCACUCCCUAUAGUUUGGGCGCAGAGACCACGGCCCCAUCUGCACCAGUGGAGAGCGUAUUGUCUCCCCUUUGUGUAAUAAGCUGCUGCUGGGGAGGGGGAAUGAGGCUCUCCCCUCCUAGUAUAGGACACUGCCUCUGGGGAGAGGGGGUAACAGGCUCCCCUCCCUGACACAAUCUCUGCUGUUGAAGAGGGACUGUCUCCCCUUUCCAUAAUUUGUCCUGUCGCUGGGGAGAGAGAUCGACUGUCUCUGCUCCCUGUAGGACACUCUGCUGCUGGGGAGCAAGACCGACUGUCCCUGCUCCCUGUAGCUCACGCUGCCGCUGGGGAGGGAGGAUGCUGCUUUCCUCUCCCUGCAAGGUACACUGCCGCUGGGGAUCUGGGUCGACUGCCCAGCGUCCCUGUAGGGCCGGUAGAGAGACCGCUGUCCCAUCUCCACCUGCCAUCUGUGGGUCUUCCCAGGACCAGUCUAUGAGAUCCCUCAACAUUUGAGAGUAGGGACCACCUGCUUCUGCACUCGGUAACUCCGGCUGCUGCUGGGGAUCUGGGCCAGCUUCCCAGCAUCCCGGUAGGCCCGAUGGAGAGACCUCGGUCCCAUCUCCACCUGCCUGUUGUGGUUUCUCACAGGACCAUUCUAUGAGGACCCCUACUUUGGGUUCCUCUGGCCGCCUCAGGGGGAAGCGGUUAACCUCCUCGAAUGCAGCCUCUCUUUGGCUGCUGUAACACUCCUUCUGCUGAGCAUAUUCUCUCUCUUUCGCCAGCCGGAAUUCUUGGUCCAUCCUUGCGUUUCGCUUGGCUGUGACAGGUUCCAGAUCGCCUGGCAUAUAUCCAUGGGAACAUUAUCACCAUAGUGGGCCUCUCGCUGCCUCACCUCGGCCAGCCAAUCAUCUCCAGAGCCAGAGCCUUCCAUACUUGUCUGCUCCAAGUUGCUGGAUACCUCUGCUCCCAGAGGCGAUGCAUGAGUGCUAGCGUUGCCCUCAAUUUGUAACUCCACUAACGGUGUCUCCGAGCUGCUUUACCUCGCACUAGGACGCCAUCCCACAGCUGCCACCAAUGUAACGGCUCGACGGGCACCCAGACAGGGUACCUCCGUUGAAGGAUGCUCCUAGCGCUUCCUGAGGGCUCCAAGCACUCCAGCCGACACCAUAACCACAGUAGACUUCUCCAGAGAGCAAGGCAGGAACAAGCUCUUACAAGAGCUUAGUAGUGAUUUAGCAAGGAAGUAUGAGAAGCAUAGGAGUAUGACAAGGGAUUGCCUUUGUAGCAGAUUCCCCCAAUAAGAGACUGCACUCCAAAUUGAGGGUGAAGUAGAACUCAGGUUUUUAAUGACACACACUCUGCCCUUAUGCAAUUCUCCCGUGCAAGGGAGACGCCCACAGACAAUUAUGAAUUACCCAAUCACACACUGGUUACAUCCCACACAUCUCCUCCCCUUAGCCUGAGAGGUAACACACUUAGCCGUACAGUUUAAAACAUACUUUUUACCCAACUUUCAUAACUCUAAAACUAUACAUCCAAUAUUAAUAAGUCACAUCUUAUUAAUCUGCAUAUUUCAAAUACAAACAUACCCAAAAAUCAUUCGAAUCCAUUGAGCCGUUCGGGAGAUAGAUAUGUCACCUUUGACCGACCGCAAACACAUUUUCAUGCCCAAAACAGUUCCAGAGAAUCAGGCUGUGCGGCCGGUCUAUUUCCCAUGUUAGUCAGUUCAAACAGACGAACGACAACCAUUCGAAUUGUUGAACUGUCAAAUGCAUUAGUUCCAGGGAAGGUAAAACUUCAGCGGUGUUCGUGACGUUUUGUAGACGAUUUUAGUUCCAUGAGUUUGACGGCACACACCGCUGACUGCAUUUGAAUGAAUCAAAAUGGCCGCCGCCACGUGUUCGGUUUUCUAAUGGCGGCCACUUCGACUACUUCGACUGCAUCCAAAGUGCCAUGCCAAAACUGCAGGUCCUUUCCCAAAGUACUUAAAGGGCCAGAAACAGCACAAUAAAAAUCCAUUAUGCCCAAAUAUAAUUCUUAAAGGGCCAUACACAGUCCAAUACAAGUCCAUAAUCCCCAAAUCAGUUCCUUAAAGGGCAAUACAUCCCAGGGGCCAUAGUCUCAUUGUAAGAGGCUGGCAAUCAGUCUUCUCCAAUACCCAGUGGUGAGGCUGGUUCCGCCACAUUAAACAUUGCAGUUUCAUAGAAACUGCAAUGUUUACAUUGCAGCACUAAGUCUGCCUCCACAUAGGAAAGCAUUGAUUCAAUGCUUUCCUAUGGGAAGGUCUAAUGCGCGUGCAGCAUGUGCAUUAGCGCCCGGUCAUCACGGGACGGAGAAGAAGCUGCAAACCAGCGCCGAGGGACAUCUGCGCUUGGAUCAGGCAAAUAAAGGGUUUUUAACCCUUUAUUCGUUGACUGGGGGAGGGCAGAAGGAGCUAUAGUGCCAGGAAUACGGCUAUUAACAACCAUUAAGUCAAAGUGAGAUAGUUCUGAAAAACACUGUGAUCUUAAAAGUGAAAUAAUCUCCAAUAGUAUUCGCAUUGUGAUUCUAUUUGGUUUCCAUGAUGACUGUACCAAACAUUACCACUUUUAAAACUUUGCACCACUUUUCAGAUCAUGACAUAAACCCUCAUCAGCGUGUUUACAGGAGUCUACUAUACCAUAGCAGGUUGAACACUGGGCUUUGAAUUAAUAUUUUUAGCCUGGUAUGCAGUAGCAGAAGAAAUGUUUGAAGUAUAAUUCUUUCAAUUGACCAGCAAAAUAACUGUGCAGUUACACUAAGCACAGUAAGUGAGCCAAACUCUUUUUCACUGUAGUUAGAUCCAAUACUAACAUUGUUGCUCUUUUCUCCUUUUAUUGGCUGGAGCAGCUCUUGCUGGGCAGUGAAGUAGGCACCGUUCGACUGUAUGACACAGAAGCAAAGAAGAACUUAUGUGAAAUUGGAAUUGCUGAUGACAUGCCCAGGUUAUAUAUUUAAAAAAAAUAAAAAUAAUUUCUUGUUGUAAAUGAAGACCAUAAAAGGUACAAGUGAAAUAGGCAUACAUAACCACAAAUAUUACUGAUCCAAGGCACCGACAUGUCACUAUCAAUCAAUGCAUAAGAAGAAAAGGGCCAAAACAAAAAAUACUGUCCUCCUCCCCCCCCAUUGGAGACAAGUGGGGGUUAAAUGUCCCUAAACCCCUAGUCACCCCCCCCUCACACCAAAAAACAUUUAAAGUACUACCUACCCCCCCUCACCCUAAAAAUAGUGAGGGGGGAGACCAUAAAUCUAAAUCCCUGUAAAUAAAUUAAAUCCUUACCAUUUGAUGUCUUCUUUUUUCUAAAACCUUAUUUUUUUCAGCCCCCAAAAAGGUCAAACAAAAUACCAUAAUACCCGUCGAAUUUAUAAAAUAAAAAAAAUCAGAUGAAAAAGAAAAUUCCAGACGCUAAAAUAAUAAUCCAUCUUCACCGAUGGAGGGCACGGCACAGACUGAGCCUUCCCACGCCCUGCAAUUGGGCUCAAAGCGCUCUGAUUGGUUAGCUUGAAAUCCAACCAAUCAGAGUGCUCUGUGUCAUUUUACACAGCGUGGGAAAGUUCUUUUCCCAUGCUCUGUAAUUUGACUCAUAACCCUCUGGUUGCUUUCAAAAAGAUGGGUGGGGCUGGGGGGGAAGGGACAAUAGGUGUUUCCUACCCCCCCAUUUUCAUUCAGGGCCUCCACCCGCCGCUCAUAGGUGGGGGCCAGUAGGGGCAUUUAGUAGAUUUUAUGCUAUUAUGGGGGUCAUAUUAACCCUCACUGAGUGAGGGGGACAUGGGGGCUUAGGAAGUGGCGGGGAGCUCUGCUUCCUGCCGCUUCUAUUUUUACAUAUUCCAAGGAGGGAGCUGCGAGAAGUUACUUGUCCACCGGAAGCUAGAGCAUCCCAUCUUGUACUGCCAUGAUACUAAGGAAAAUCUAAUCCACGUUAAGUAAAAUUUCUGUUUUCUUAAAGCAGAGGUUUAUUCACGAAAUUCUGAUUAGUGGUGAAUUAAAUAAAAAAAUCUGUAGUUUUGUUUUUUCCAUUUUUUUUUUUUUUGGUGUGAAUUGGCUAUUGUUGCCUACAUUGUGCAAUUUUGUUUUCAAUUAACUACAGUUGAGUGUUUAAUGAAUGUAUAAAAAUAAACCGGAUAACCUGUAUAAGUGUGUGUGUAUGUAUGUAUGUGUGUGUGUGUAUAUGUGUAUAUAUAUAUAUAUAUAUAUAUAUAUAUAUAUAUAAUAUAUAUAUAAUGUAUAUGUGUACAUCACGUUUUUGUGGUAUUAUUGUGCCUCAGUAAAUCAAAGACUUUUUCUUAUACAGUGUGAACUGGUGAAUAUAUUGAAAUGGGCUUUUAUUCCCUUUUCUUAUAGUACCAUGUGAAUUUGUUUUUUUUUUUUUUUUUUAUUUGAUUUUUGUUUUGUUUACGUCUAGGCUGUAGUAAUCAUUUGCAAGCAAAUUACAUUCAUUUUCAUUUGGUUAUGAAUAAAAGGGAUAUUCUUACCUUUUAGGAUACUGUCUUUAGCCUGCAAUCCUAGCGGCACAUCGUUUGUCUGUUCAGCAGCAGCUGCAAAUUCUCCUAGUAAUGUGGAGCCAGUGAUUCCUGGUUCUGGGGAAUAUGGUGGAAAUCAGGUUGCUGGGAAACUCCUGCUGUGGGAUACAAAAACAAUGAAACAGCAGGUACAAUCCAACUUUGUGGAAUAGCUCAUCUCUCCUUCUAGUUGGGUGUUACAAACUGCCAUUUAGAAAUGCAAGAAAAUGAAAUCAUCCCUUUUCUUCUGUCAGUUAAAAUAAAUAUUUUGCCUUGACUAAAGUUUGCUUCUUGCAUCAGUUUUGACAAAGCUAGCAUUCUUAUUGUUCCCCACUGCUUUAUUUCACCCUAUACAUCUAGGUGGCUGGUGGAUGGAGAAUUCUGCAGCAUUAACGCAAGGGGGACAAUACAAUGUGAGGCAGAGAUUUGGAGUACUAAACUAAUUAGUCUAAGGACUCCAAAACUAUUACACUGCUUGGGGGGUAGAAUACAAAUAUCACCAGAGAGAGAGAUUUUACAUUUAAUUUAAUCAAUAUAUGAAAUUAAACACAAUUAAUGUAUUAAGGUUAAAAUCUACCCCUAUCACUUUUCUUGUACAGCAUUAUUUGGGAAUUACUGCUGGAAAGUGACGGUUCUGCAAGGGCUGUGUCGGAACGUUAGUCAUUGAUGUAGUACUGACAGAUACCAAAUAGAAAUUCACUUAUCCUAUUGUGUAGACUAAAAUGUAUUGCUCCAAUCACUACAGAGACCUUUAUUUCUACAAAUUUUGGUGUUUGGGGAGAAAUAAAAUGAUCACGAAUUAUUUCAGUAGAUGAAAUUUUCACGCCUUUGAUUACAGUUAUGUAAUAAACCUGCAUUCUUAAUAAACCGUAUAAAGCUUGUGUUUUUACUUUUUCGUUUUUUUUUUUUUGUUUAUUUUUUUUUUUAGCUCCAGUAUUCCUUAGAACCUGUACCCAUAGCAAUAAACUGUACCUCUUUCAACCACAAUGGGAACCUGCUGGUAACGGGAGCUGCUGAUGGGUUCAUUCGUCUUUUUGGUAAGUUUGGUUGUUUGUUUUGUUUUUUUGCUUUCCUUCUUCCAUAGCUUUGUAGUUGUAUUUAUACUAUGUACACUAUUUAAGUGGGCAUUUAGGAAUUUUGUCCUCUGAUAUUUGCCUAUAAUAAGGCCAGCGUGCACCACCCAGAAGAUGGUUUCCAUUUUUUAUUAUCAUCACUGCUAGCUUCAUAAAUCUAGAAAUCCUAAAUACAAACCUGUCCAUAGUUAAUAUUUCAGACAUUAUGUAUGAGUCCAAGGCAGUGCAAUACUACAGUGCUUAUAUUUAGUCUCUUUAGCUUUCCCUAUCAAAAGCUCUGUGAAUCAAUUCUGAGUUAUGGCAAAUAUAAUAUGUGCAUUCUGGAUUUACUAACACCAUGCCAUGCAUGGAUACUGGAAUUCUUGGCUUUAUGGGCAAGCGGAGAACAACUCUAGAAGCUAAUUUCACAUGUGAACAUCAAAUGUGGCAUAUACCAAGGUGAUGUCAUAUCCCCCAUGCUGUUCUGCAUAGACCUCAACACCCUCAGCCAGAUCAUCAUGAAGAGAAGAAACCGGUUCAAGAGUGGAGAUACGAGGGGUGCGGGCCCUGACCGCUGAGCUGAGAGGACACAGAACAGAACUGCUCCCGCUCUUCCAGGCAAUAAUCACUACAUACAAGUCACAAACCGUUCUCAAACGACCCUAAUGGGUCACCAUUUGAGAGGUGAUCUCGCGGGGCACACACUCCAAAUACGCUGCCAUCCCUGCAGGAACCACCGGAGCGACAUUUUGCGGCCUACAAGCUUGGUCGGUGCUGGGGAGACUGCCGCUUCACGGUUGCCCCCAAAAGCAAAAAGCUGGCACUUGGGCCCUUGUUCCUCCCCCUAUGGACCAGCGGAGGUUAUCCCGGUCCCAGAAAGACCCCUACAGGCUUGGAGGAAGCAUCCUCAAGUGGCGCUUACCAAGCCCAAAAUAGCGGCAAAUGCCACUGGGCCACGAGACACAGCACAGUGGUUCGACAUUCUAACACGGCUGGAUGCCAUAUUUGCAGCCUUCUGAAGGAAACUGACAGAACAGCAAGCACUUACCGAUGGCACCCUCCUCAAGCUCCUGACUACAAAGCACACCUCACAGAAAGAAGCGAGCACGAAAAAUAGUGCCGCCGACAGUGACACCUACAGCAUGAGUACAUACCCACAUGGCUGCGACCACAGACGGACACUUUUUCACGCAUGAACAAGCCACCUACAUCCAAGCACACCACCAUAUUUUAGCUCAACGUGAGAUCCAUGGACUUGGCUAUCAGAGGUUCCCGAGACUGCUGUCCAGGGCUGCACUCUGUCUCGCAAGCCUGGAGUUGAAGGUAUCCCUUGCCCUGCUACACUAUAGCUGAUCCAAGUCCAAACUCUCCUACUUUACACGGAUCGGCUGAUCUGUUACUUGAGCACACACCCAGCACUUUAGUCUAUGUGGGGGGGCGGCAGACUGGGAGUCAAGCUGUUGAAACAGUUAUUUUUCUGUUAUAUGCCUGCUCUAACAGAUCUAUUCAGGCCCUAUGUAUAGCAUAAUAAGGUGUAGUGUCUCAUUACUUCCUAGAUGCCUGUAGCUCUAUACAUUCAGCACCUGGUUUAGCUAUAAAGCAUGUUACUAAACAUGUCAGUCAUGUAAACCUAUUUCUUGUAAACCUACUUCUAGCUAUUGUUAUUCAUACCUACUAAUCUCCUGACCUAAUUAGCAUAACUCUUUAAAAAAUGUGCAGUUCAAUCUUAUGUCACAAUACUGUCCAUUUUAAAUUGUCUGUAACCACUAUUGUGGAGUUACAAGAGUGGAGAUACCAUACAUGGUAUACAUUUUUACUAUACAUGGGAAAACCUAAAUCUUUAUGCCAAGAGUUACCGGGACAUAGACUCACUCGUCCACUUAACUAGGAUAUAUAGCAGUGUUGUUCAGACUAUAUAAGUGUGGGCAGAUGACCGCAAACAGAGAGAAGAUGAUCAGGACUAAAAGAGCUGGUGUGCCAGUUGGCCAAAUAGGAGAUGUUGAGAUCAGCUACAAGUACCCCAGGAUACCACAAACACAUGGCAACUAUUUAUUUAUUUAUUUAUUACUGGUAUUUAUAAAGCGCCAACAGAUUCUGCAGCGCUGUACAAUUAGUGGAGGACAGACAAAUACAAAAGCUAGUGAGGGCCCGUAAGUUGAUAUCUAGCCAUUUAAGCUCUUUUAUACAAAGUGCUUAACUAUGAGGAAGAGGCAAUGAGCACAGAACAUCCAAGUGCCUCCAGAGAGCCAGACAGGUCCUGAAGUCCCAGCUGAAUGGCAAGAACAAGGUUCACUCAAUCAACACAUACACCCUACCAGUCAUCAGGUGCCCAGCUGGAAUAAUAACCUAGGCAAGAGAAGAGCAGGACACCAUAGCCAUCAAGACCAAGAAACUACUCCUCAUGAAUGAGGAUUCCACCCAAAAUCCAGCUCCCAGAAUGUACACCAGCCAGAAGUAAAGAGGUUGGGGUCUGAUGAGUGUCAAAGCCAUUGUUCUGGAUGAAACCCAGAGCAUUCACAUAUACAUCACAAAAAUAGCCCCCAAAGAGAAACUCUUAAUUAAGGGAAUGCUACAAUGGAUAGAGGAUGCAGAAAAAAGGUGUAAUGGCAAGAUAAAUCUCUCCAUUGAAUGUUCCACUGGAGAUAGUAAAUGUGGCUCAUAUUCUGAAAUCCUAGCUGUGGUUGGGAAAAGCAGGACUGAAAGAUGGUACUAUGGCACUAAUCCUAGCAGCAGAGAAAAAGGCUAACACCACCAGAUCAAUAGAAGUGUGAAGUCUAACUUACCAGACAGGAGCCAUGGUGCAAACUGUGCAUAGACGCCUCAGAGACAGGUCAGCAGAUACUGUUAUGGAUAGAAAUUAAUGUUAGUAAAAUGUCUAUUUACUUAAAAUGGCUGCUAGAGAACCCCCUCCGAUCGACUAAAGAAUGUAAAGAAUGUCAUGUAUUAAGAUGGUGUCUUCCAGGGAGAGCUGCACCCAGGAUGAUUGUGACAUCACACUUUGGAGGAAGGGCAUUCGAUAAGACACUUGACCAAUUUAAAGAUGUAUUCUCUCUGUUAUCUUGCUUUCUGCAUAUGAUGUAUUUCUGGCCUUUAUAAGGGGCUCACCGCCCCCCUGAUUAAAUAUUCUGACAUUUUUCAUUAACCUGAAACCUGUGUCUCAGUGUGAUUUACUUCAGAGCGUGCACAUUUUCUAUUUUAAGCAAUUUGGACAGGAGCAGACACUCAGAUAAUCAAACACUUGGUUUGAUCCACAACAAUACUAGUUGGAGUAACUAGUAAAGGCAGUAAUUUUCAUAAGAGCACUUGGGGGUGUAACCCUCAAGUGGAAAGUGGGUACAACAGAUACCAGGUGGGACAUCUGAGAUCUCUGUCCAGAAGAGUGCAUUGCUAAGAACCCUCAGAAUCCAACUCUGGUAGAAGACCUGAGAAUGGAGAAUACACAAAAAACACCACCUGGAGGGAUGAGACAGUCAAUAUUUCUGUAUAUAAAAAGACAUCCAGAUAGUAAAUAACCGUUGGUCAUCUGCAGUGGUUAGAACGAGGCCAGUAUAAAGAUUGUUGUCCUCUUAUGUAACUUUUUAAAAUAUUUAAAACAAAUGGGCCUUGAAAGGUGAGUCCCUAACUAUAACCCUAAGAUCCUGUAAUAACACACCACUAUACUUUACAGGAUCCAAUGAGAUGUAUAGCUGUUGAAUAAAAAUGUCUUGUUAAAGUCCCCAAAUGACUUAACACCACAAGCAAAGAAGAUAGAUGUUUAUUUUGAUUACUCUUCAAAUGUUCUAAGAUCAUAAACCUCUGUGUAUAACCACUCACACCAAGCAGAGCUGCCCCCAGGCUCUACACAAAGAGCUCCAGGGUGCCUACAUAGAUUAUGGAUCUUGUCUCAAGGGUAGUUAUAUACAGGAAACUGUCUCCAAUAGGAAUUAUAAUCUUUACUUGCCACAGUGUGACAAAUGCAUACAAAAACAAUCAGGCAACCAUCGGUGUUGUCAGAGCUUACCUGAGUUGGGAGUCCAGCAGGCAGAGAUGUAUGCUCACCCUUGCAAGUAAACACAGGCCAAGGUGGUAAGGCAAAAAUUCACCUGGCCUGUGAGUUGGUGCACGGGGGCUGUGCAGGAUAAUUCUCCAAGUCGCAGUACAGGAACGGAAAAAGCAAGAGAAUCGUCGUGGGAAGCCAAAAAUCAGGAUGCCAGAAAUCAGAAUAAACUAAACAAGCCAAGGUCAAGAGUAAACUGGAGAACACGAAACAGCAGUAUGAUCACCAGAGUCAAGGAACUGACACUGCCUUCUGGGAGAGGCAGUGUUUUAUACCUGGCUAACGAGACCAUCAACAUCAGGUGUACCAUGAGAGACAGGAGAAACUUCAAUGCAUGUCCAGCCCCCAGUGCUGGAUACUGGCAUACUAAAGCUGAAUGGUGGCUCAGAGGUAGCAUAGCAGGCCCAGGACUGCAAAGUACCCAGGUUCAAAUCAGCUACUGGGCACUCCUGGGGCAACCUCGUUUGGCACUCCGGAAGUUACGGUGGGAACCGUGACAGUACCCCCUCCUCAAAGCCGCCUAUAGUCAAAAAAAAAAGCAACUGCGGCCUAAGAGGUGACUUUUUAGAUUUCUUGGUCCUGGCAUUGCCAGCAGGAGCGGAGGACAUAACUUGAGCGGUCUUGAUGGCUAGCAGUGCCCUUUCAAAGUCAUGCAAAUGUUCCGAAACCACUAGAGUCCCAUCAGAUGCACAAGUGUAGCCAGGAGGAGGAUCUUUCUUCACAGAACAAUUCACAUUUUCAGGUACUACUGGAGAUAGGUUAGGGUUGACAACUGAUUUGGUGCAAGCGACAAGUACCUUGAUCCCAGGAGUCUUAUUCGCUGAACCUUUUUCCUUAGGUACAUUACCAGGAGCAGAGUUUGUGGCUUUCAAAGCUUUUUCAAACAUCACCAAAUCUGUUUUGCAAACUAUGGUACCAUUGGAGGCAUAGGUACAGUCCGUAGGUAACUCCUCUUUAGGUUGACAGGAAGUGGUAUUGGUACCAGCUUUAACAUGAGUGUCUUCCGGCGGAGGUUCAGACUUCUCAGGAGUACUGGGUAGGUUAUUCACCAUAGUCUGAGUACCCUCACAGAACGGGGACAUGGCUGGCAGCUUCUAGACAGUGUUUCUGAGAUGACUGGAUAAGUCUGUAGGGCACCCAAUAGAAGAGGUCUUUGCCUGCGUGGACGAAUAGGGCAGAGAGAUGAAAUGCCCUCUUUCUCCACAGUAUAGGCACAAGCCAUGGGCUCUCCUACGGUCUUUUUCCUUUAGAGGCAACCUAGUCCUGGUAAAUCCGAUCCCCAUAGGUUCCUCCCUGUCCAAUGAUGUGCUAUUGCUAGCUGGAGUACACUCAGGGUAACAGGACAGGUUCCUGGAAGUGGGUUCAUGCUGGAACGAGAUGGGAGCUUGAUAAGUUUGUACAUAGUCUUCUUUAGGUAACCAAGCUCUGCUGGUACUUUGAGCCGGUUUGGGAGUUUCCUUCUUAGAAGCCAAGCACUGUGAGUCCAUUGCCGACAUAAACGACUCCCAAGUGUCAAAGACAGUACUAUUCUCUUGCAGCUUCUGAUAUGCCCACGCCUUAAUACGUCCAGAAAGUACAUUGAUAGCAGAACGGAUCUUGAUAAAGUCGGUGACUUAGGUUCUGGGUUUCAAGGCAAACAGGAGUUCACAGUCCAUCUUGAAAAUCGAGAAAGUGGAACGAGAACCGUCGAACCUGUCAGGCAGUAUGACAUAGGUUUCUGGAUAAGCAGGUUCCGGGGCUGGGCGUACUGUGCCUUUAAGAAAUAAAAUUUCUCGCUGCAGCUCCGAAACAAUCUGGGCCAGGCUGGACACUUGCUGGGAUUGGGGUGAGCACAUCUCUGCGGACUCCAAUGGUCAGUUCCUUAUUUCAGGGCUUACCUGAGUUGGGAGUCCAGCAGGCAGAGAUGUAUGCUCACCCUUGCAAGUAAACAAAGGCCAAGGGGCCCUUGCGUAAUGUUAGGAACCAGGAACCAGACAGAGACAGAACUAGAUGCAAAAACAACUUUAUUAAUAAAUAACCAAAAGCAAAGUCCAGGAGGCAAGCAGGGGCAGUCACCAGAGCGGGAAGUCAGACGAGCCAGGAUCAGGAGAACGGAGAGCAGCGAAGUCAGGAACAAGGCCAGAGUCAGGAACCAGGAAACACAGGAACAAGGAGACUUCUGGGGAACAGGAGACCACGCAAGGGCAAGGAGGUACUGAGAUUUGCUGCUUAAAUAAGGUGCACUGAUUAGCAGCAGAGUUGAUUACUAUUCUCAGGUGAGUAACCGUGGCAACAUACUGAAGGAGCUGAUCGUUAAUCUCAGCUGAAAACUCAGACAUUGAAAAAGGAAGGGUUGCUGUUUAAAACAGCAAAGAAACCCUGACAACUGUACUAUGGUACAAAUAAAUAAAUGCAGUUUCUUUAUCAAAGAGGAUAAAACACUGUACAUUCAUCGUCCUGAUAUGCCCAUAAGUUCCCAAUUGCUAUUGUCCACAAAGGCCCCUAAUAUCUAGUUCAUGGCCUGUUCAAAUCCAGACUCCCUGCAAUGCCCACUUCCUUCCAUCACCUGUAAAAUACUUCACAUCUGGCCUUGCAGAAUUCACGCUCUUUACAAUGGGCUGUUGAAGUCUUCUUUUGUUGAGCAAUGUCCUUUCCAAAGAAACAGAACCAGAAUUUCUUCAUCCUCGACAAACCUCAGGCCUGUCCAUAUUACAUAAGGUCAACUUGUACUUGUUUUAUGUUAUUGCCCUCAAUGUCUUCAGGGAGGAGGAACUUUUGCAUAAAAACAUGAAAUAGAACAGCUUUCCCAUUAUAAACUGCAUUAUUUUUUAUUUAUUUUUUACAAGAAGUCCCUAGAGUGCAAUUUAUUUUUAAAGUGUAUUGUCCACUUAACGUUACACCGGGCUGUACGCUAAAAAAAAAUGUGUGUGUGUGUGUGUGUGUAUGUAUAUAUGUGUGUGUGUGUGUGUGUGUAUGUGUGUAUAUAUAUAUAUAUUCCAAUCUCUGUCACUCACCGUAAAGCAAACAAUAGGUCUCCAUGUUAUUUCCCCGUUUUACUGAACUAUUUGCAGAAUGGCCGGCAACCCAGCGGGGAAGUGUGCUGCUUAACCUCUUGGCCUCAUUCGAACGUUGUGGUUAACCGCAGACACUUCCCCUUGCUAAUGGUCGGCUGGGUGGUCGUUGUUCGUAUGAACGAACACGAGGUGGCGGCCAUCUUGGACAUGCGAACACCCAGCGGUAUUCGUCGACGAUUUCGUGAAACUAAAAACGGCUACUAUUUUCAUAUGAACACCGUUGAAAGCCGCCGACCUCCCUUCAUCUGUUUCCUCUUCAUACGAACACUGUCCGUUCGGUACAUUUUCAUAUGAACGGAGUCACCCCAGAUAGCUAUCCCAUGGAACCCAUUCGUAUAACGAAAAGACUAUGUGAAAGACUUUGGCUCCAUGGCGAUUUAACUGUAUGUAUGUGAUCUGAGCGCCAUUCGGUAAUAAUGUGCGCUCAGAUCUAAGCUAUCUGGGGAUGCGUUAAAUGUACCUAUUUCAUUCAGUAGUUUUUAUAUUAUAUAUUUUUAUGUGUUUUUAUUACCAUGUGUAAAAUUGAGUUUUGCCUCUAUCCUCGGAGAUAAUUGAGUUGCUUCCCAAUUAUCUCCAAGAUAGAGAGGAGGGUCCUAUACAGCUAAAGGGGAGUGAUUAUGUUUGUAACCCUGUGAUUGGCUGCUGUAUCAUUAUUGUCACAGUUUUCCACCAGGUUCCCUAAGGGAGUGUCCACGUGGUGGGAAACCUGCAUAAAUACCAGGCAGGUAGCCCACAUUCAGGGCCGUCAUCAGGGCAUGACAACCGCAACGGUUGUCAUGGGCCUGGGGGGCCCGGACUGCUCAGGUCGUCCGGGCCCCACAUUCAGUGGGUACAUACCGGGUCGCAGGGGGCCCUGCGACCCGGUAUGUACCCACAGGGCCAGCCUGUUCUCCUGGGGGGCCCAGCAGCCGGUCACCUCAGGGUCCCCCAGAGGCUGGUCCUGCUGACACCCGGCAGGCGCGCGAGGGAGCACUCUCUAGGUGCUUCCUCUUCAGCUCCCUCGCGCACCGUACUGAUGCCGGAGCCAGAAGAUGACGUCAACUUCCGGCUCCGGCAUCAGUACGCGGCGCGCGAGGGAGCUGAAGAGGAAGCACCUAGAGGGUGUCGGGGGGAGAAGAAUGAAAUUCGUGUAAAGGGCCCUCAAAAAAAUGGAGCUGCUUCCCGUUCUCCCAGAACAGUGAUUUUUGUGACCACAGUUACAAACCGCCUCCAGAGAGCCUGUUGUACACCAGACCAGUGGAGCCAGAUGGCAGCCAGAGCCCAUCAUCAUCCUCAUCUGGUUGUAAGUAGGCAAUCUAGUAUAUUAUUCGUGGCACUAAUCUCUAAUUUACCUCACAUUAAAGGGACACUAUAGUCCCCAGAACCACUGCAGCUUAAUGUAGUGGUUCUGGUGUCUAGCCUGUCCCUGUAGGCCUUUUAAUGUAAACACGGCGGCACUGCAGCACUGGUGUUAGUUAACAUGGCAGAUCAUAUGGGUGGGGCAUUGUGAUGUCACAUGGGGAGGCGGCAAACUUUACUUUUGCCUAGGGCGGCAAAAAUCCUUGCACCGGCCCUGCAGACACUGCAUCCCUGUGGGCGGAUUCGGGGGGGGGCAGCACUUUGUGCGGACUCGGGUGCAGGCACCGGGGGGCCCAGACCUUGAGCUGUGUCAGGGGCCCCAACAUUUCUGAUGGCAGCCCUGCCCUCAUUAAACCAUUGUUGGGUGAGAUUCCUGCUUGACCCUCAAUUCAGAGCCUCGUCUCGUACUUGGGGGAUAAUUUUUAUGGUUUUCCUGUUCGACUGUUUGGAAUAUGGAUUUUGUAUGAUUGCUUGUUCGGCUGAUUGGUGUGUUCGGUAGCUGCCUUUGUAUUCGGGAAGGGAAUAUUUCAAACGGCUUAACCCAUGCUAUACUAGGGUGCCGUUACAUAGGUAAAUAAACUGAGCACUCCAAAGGAUUUUUUAAAUGUGUAAUGAAAAAAUCCGAAAUCAAAGUUUUGACCCUCUCGGGUCUUUAGCACGAUUUGUGUGUGUAUAUAUUUGCUCUUUUGAAUUUUUAUAAUACAUAAAUAUUUUAUAAUCUAUGAAGAAUAAGGGGCUGCUAAAAACCUGCUACUUUAUAAAUGACAUGCAAAUUUGCAAUAUGGAUAGAAAAAUAGAUGUAUUCGAACACUAGGGGACUCCUACUCUAUCAGAUUUUCAUAAAUUUACCUAUAACAAUAAAUAAUAGUAUAAAGUUUGUCCAUGUAUAUAUAUUUUUGUGUCAUUUUGUUGUUUUUAUAUAUUUAUGAAAUAUUGUUCUAAAUAUUUGAUUGUUCUCCAGCCUGUUGGCCAAUUUCAAUUUCGGUUUAAUAGGACAUUUUUGGUAUUGAGAGACAUCUGGCUGGAAAUAUCCCCUUGUUAAGAGUUGUGCACUAAAUACAUUGACAAAAAUAAUUAAUUAAUACAAUGUUAAACAAAAAUCUGCGCACCAGUCAAGCCUGGAGACUUGUUUUUUUCUCACAGAAAACACAAAUUUGCAGUGAUGUUACUACCGCAAAGGAUUCUGGGUGGGCAUAUGCAUUUUAGUUCAACAAAGAAUCAAAUUUUUGCCUCAUUCCAUUUUAACCCCUUCAGGACGGAGUCAAUAGUGCACGUUCUGAUCAAAACAAAACGUAAACAAAAACUGGAAUUUGCGCUAUAUAUCUGUUCAACCGUAAGUCACCGCUGUCACAUUAAGUGCACCCACACUUAUUAUAUAUCAUUUUGUUCAGGAGAAACAGGGCUUUAAUUUAUCAUCAACUAUUCAUAUAUGGAAGCUAAUUUAUUAUGAAUACAAUUUUAAAAAAAUGUGAGAAAAUAAGAUAUUUUAUUUUUUAUUUUAUUUUUUUAAAUUUGUAUUUCCGUCUGACAUUUUAGCUGUGAAUGUCAUAAUACUGUUAGGUUUUCCUGCAAAAAAAAAUGCACAUAUUUGUAAUCAGCGAUGUCUCACGAGUACAACAGUACCCCCCAUUAACAGGUUUUAUGGUGUAUUGGAAAGUUACAGGGUCAAAUAUAGAACGUUCCAUUUUCAAAUUGAAAUUUGCCAGAUUAGAAAUGUUACGGUGUGGUAGCCCAGGAAUGAGAAUUACCCCUGGCUACUAAGAAAGACUGGACAUGCCCCACAUGCAAUACCUUGGGUUGUCUACUUGUGCAAAUGGUAUGCCAUCAUGGGGUUAAUUCUCAUUCCUGGGCUACCAUACGCUCUCAAAGGCAACAUAACCAAUCUGGCAAAUUUCACUGUCAAAAAAAUUAAAUGCAAGCCUUAAAUGUGACUCUCUAACUUUCCAAGACACCAUAAAAUCUGUACAUAGGGGGUACUGUUUUACUCAGGAGACUUCGCUGAACUCAAAUAUUAGUGUUUCAAACUGGUAAAUUGUAUUACAAUGAUGAUAUUUUAAGUAAAAGUGAAUUUUUGUGCAUUUUUUACAAACGAACGGCACUUUUAUGGACUAUAUUAUUGUUGUAAUAUGUUUUACUGUUUUAAAACACUAAUAUUUGUGUUUAGUGAAGUCUCCCGAGAAUAACAGUACCCCCAAACACAAAUAUUAGUGUUUUAAAACAGUAAAAAAUAUUACAACAAUAGGGGGGGCGGGGCCUGACAGCUAACAUGGCCGGUCGCACAUUUUAUGAGCUCCUGCAGCACUGGACAAAAGAGUAACGAUACCGACCGAUAUACAAGCAUUAGCGGCAAACAGGGACCGGUACAAGACGCACAACGGCAUCAGGAACAAAAUGAUUUCUGUCCGGCACCAGUGCGCCGCGGAAAAACUGAAACUGACCAUGCGGCCUAUGCUAGAGCGGAGCCUGAGGACCGGGGGAGUCGGCCGAUCUCCUGGCGCGGGACACGCUCCUGAGCCCAUUACAGCUCUGCUACCCCCCCCUUUGGACCGGUGGGGGACAUCCCGGUCCUCGCUGGGGACGAUUACCCCCACAUAUACACUCGAUCAAGCGACAAAACCCUCAAUCAAACGGGACCUCAUAGGCCCAGCCAAGAUGGCGGCGCGGACGAGGGCUGGGACCCAGCACACAUGCGUUAAGCCACCCAAGCACACAGGGGUUUUCAUUGACCGGCUACGCACCUAUUUCUGGGCACAACUUAAAGCCCGGAGACAACCCUACAGGCUGGCGAUGAGGGAGGUAGCAGCGUGGAUACGCCCGACCACCCGACGCAUCUUACAAUGGAACCCCCCUCGCAGAGCCGGAGCGGCCUCCAGACAGCAUCAGAGCCGAAGCCCAGAGGGGCGAGAGACAGUGCCGGGUCCCUCAAGAGCCGAAACUCACGUGCACAAGCACAGAAUCAAGGCCCAAUCUACUCCUCAUUCAGUGGUCCCAACAACCAAGGGCCGACACAUUGCGUACCGCAAAACGAGAUGGCGGGAAAAGGCGACAUAUCCCUCGGGCACCGGCACUCCCUCUCAAGCACGAUGUCUCCGAGAAGCAGGUACCCGCCGGCGAUUACACAAAACUGAGCCCUACCUACCAGCGGCACCAACAAAGGCCUCUCCAAGCCAGCUCCCCUCUGCUCGGCACAACACGACCCAGCUCCAUGUGACCAAGGCCGCAAAGCGAGAGUCCGAGCGGCUGCACGGCAAGCGACCUCCCCACAGACAGGGUAUUGGGUGAAGAAAGGCGAAGACCUGAGGUGCCUGAUGGCACACCGCAGCGAGGCUGCUGGCACGGAGGACAUUGCAGACCAUAUUCAAAGUGAUGAACUCCUGCUCCUCAUUGACUUGUAAAUUCUGACGUACACUUUUACAAUUACUUACGGCGAAAGCACACACAGAUUGCCAGUUAAGCUCAUAUGCGAUAUUAGUUUAUGAAGCAAUGCUACUUUAAUCAUAAGCAUGGCUUAGUGCUGCUUCUUGCCCUUCUGAGCCCUGCAGCCUAUGUUGGUACACUAUAACAUGUCUAUCACUAGCCCAGCAGGUCCUACGUAAGUAAGACCCACGAUCACUCUAUUGUCACGGUACAGUCCCUAGCUUACCUAGUACUAUGCCUAUAAGCCUAAAGAUCCAAACCUAACUACAGCACCAAUACAGACUGGACUUGUAUGUCUGAGAUAGUUAGGGCAGGCUUGCUUUGCAUUUAAUAGCGUGGUAUGCCAAUAUAGCCAACAACCAGAACAUAAUUCAUACUAUGCUAAGGUGUAAUUAGGAAAUGUACCUUGUACCGGGGCCAGCUUGUUCGUGCUAUUGUUGUAUCCUUGGGCUCAGUGGUAUAAAUAUUUUGAAGUUUAUUUAUAGUUCUAUAUCUAAACAAGUCUUUUUCAUUGAACUGGGAACAACUAAACUCAUAUUGCACUGCCUAGCCGUGCAGGUUAUUAGUUAAGCAUCCACACAACGCAUAGAUUUAAAUCACAGCUGAGAUCAGGUCUCCCUUCUGGCAAUGCCACACAUUUGACUCCACUGUCAGCAUGUCCAUAUUUUCCUAUCUCCCACUGGAAUCGUGUUUCUCACUAACUGGGGGGCCCCCUAGGGGUUAAACUCGUAGAAAAGACAUCGGUUUCACUCUCUUUGUAAAAUACUCAUGUCAUAUAAAUCCCUGUUUUAAGCUUGUAUACUCUACCUUUUAUUAACGUCUCUAGCCUGCAAUUUUCUAAGUUUUAUAAUACAAUCUAUGAUUCAGCCUGUUUUUUUUACACUAAAAAAGUGCAAUUGUUUCAAAUGUCAUGGCAAUAUAUGCAAAUGUUUGACCAUAAUAAGCCCGCGGAUGCUGUCGUGGCCAUGUGAGCUUGUAUGGUAUUCUUUUAUUGCACACUAAAAUAAAGAAUUUAAAAAAAAAAAAAAUAUUACAACAAUAAUAUAGUCCAUAAAAGUGCCGUUCGUUUGUAAAAAAUGCAAAAAACUUCACUUUUACUUAAAAUGUCAUCAUUGUAAUACAAUUUACCAGUUUGAAACACUAAUAUUUGAGUUCAGCGAAGUCUCCUGAGUAAAACAGUACCCCAUAUGUACAGGUUUUAUGGUGUCUUGGAGAGUUACAGGGUCAACUAUAGUGCUUGCAAAUUAAAUUCUCUGCACUUUCUCCCUGUGUUGUCAGGCAUGCCAAUCAAAUUUUAAUUAAUCAAAUCACAUAAUUAUGUUAAAAGAUUACUUAAACAUAAUUUUAAUAUAUAUGCAUUUAUAGAUAUUAAAAUUCUACGUGUAUACUAAUGUAAUCUUUUAUGUAAUUAUAUGUAUUUAUCUAUAUAUAUUUGCGGUUAUUUGUAUUUUAUAUAUCGAUAGAAAUAGAAUGUCAUUCUAAGUGUAUUUUGAUAUAUAUAUAAUUAUAUUAAUAACAAAAUACAGUUAGAAUGAAAUUACAUAUGAAUAUAUAAUUUAUAUUAAAUUUUAUUUAUUAUUGUAAUUAUACGUAUUUAUAUAUAUAUAUAUAUAUUGUGUAUAUAUCUAUUAUAUAUAUAUGUAACAUCAUUCUAAGUGUCUUUUAAUACUAAUAUUUACUUAUAUUAAUAGUAAAAUACAUUACGUAUGACGUGUGUGUGUGUGUGUGUGUGUGUGUGUGUGUGUGUGUGUGUGUAUAUAUAUAUAUAUAUAUAUAUAUUUCUAUUUCAAUUUUAAACAUGUCAAAUGCUUUUUUUUUACACUACCCACAGCAGGGGACUGUCUGACAUUUCAGACAGUCCCUGCUGGCAGAUCCACAGCCAGCUAUGGGGGCUGCCUGGGCCAGAAGAGGAUUGCGGCAGAGUUGAGUAAAUCUCACCUCCUGGGGCUGCAAGCCAUUACGGCGUUCUAUGCCGCCGCAACGGCCUUAAAGCCCAUUUAAUGCGGGACGGCAUAGAACGCCGUAACGGCGUUAAGGGGUUAAACAUGGAUUCCUUUGAGUCUGUGUUUGUAACACAACUUUGAAACACAACUUAGGAAAAAGAUGCAAAGCCAGUGAACCACUCAUGGACAGCUGUUUCAUUGUUAAUGCAAAUCAUCAGCAUGAGGUUGGUUACUGGCUUGCUAGUGUGGCUUGGUAGUGCUUGGGAAGCAAAAACCAAAAAGGUUAUGGGGUGGGGGGAAUUGGGAUUCAAAUCCCCUUCCAUCUGAAGUCUGUGGAGAGUUAAUACAAUGUUAAACAAAAAUAUGUAGAUAUUGUCCUUGACAUAAAUAUGUAGAUAAAUGCAAAAUCAAUAUACUAAAAUGUCUCUUACAAGCUGUAGUGUUUGAUACUGCUUACUUGGCAGGAGCAUUGAAGUUUCGCAACAUUUUCAAUCUGUUCUACCCCGUACAAAUGUAUCGGUAAACCUCUGAGUAUGUAUACUUGAUGUGAUGGAUCAUUACAUCUCACAAAUGUUUGUACUAGUAUUUUAUUUAUUUAUUCCUCGCCUCAAAUAUUUGACAUUGGCAAGUUUUAAAAAAUAAAUUAAAACUACAGAAUAUACUGUGAACAGUCAGAAAUAUUGGAAAAUGUCUAAUGCAGUACAGCAACACAUUAUGUGCUUUAUAUGAAGAUGGCUAUAGGUUGGUUUACAAGGGUGAUUAUCCUAUUAGCUGAUAUCUCUGACCAUUUGUUUAAUCUAGACAUGCAGCAACAUCAGUGUGCCAUGAGUUGGAGAGCUCACAAAGGAGAAGUCUAUUCCGUAGACUUUAGUUAUGAUGAAAACGCAGUGUAUAGCAUUGGUGAAGAUGGGAAGGUAAGCUGGCAGAGAAUCGCUUUUGUGUACAAUGUCCAUGUAAUACAUAUCAUUGAAAGAUUUGUACACAUGUAUAACAUACUUUUUUUGUUUUUUUUUGUGUGUUAAUUUCUAGUUUAUUCAGUGGAAUAUCCAUAAAAGUGGACAGAAAGUGUUGGAAUAUUCCCUGCCUCCUGAUGCAACUGGUCCUUUUAUGCUAUCUGGUUACAGUGGAUACAAGCAGGUCCAGUUUCCCCGUGGCAGACUGUUUGCAUUUGACUCUGAAGGGAACUAUAUGCUGACAUGUUCGAGCACAGGGGGAGUCAUUUACAAGGUGCGCAUUGCUUCUACUAGUAUACGUUUCUUCUCUAUACAUUUUGUUCCUGGAAAUUAAAACUCAAUGUGUACUUCUUUAUUGUGUUCAGCAAAAAAAAAAAAAAGAAUUCUCUAGUAGUUAAAAUGUAAUUAUGACAUUUCUUUUCAUAAUUUCGAUUGUUGAAAAGUGUAUGCUCUUCAAAGUGUCACGUUUGUUAAACUAUUUACCUUUAAAAACAAAUAGUAACAUGGUGGUAUGCUGUCAGCUUAAUGUUAACACUACAUUAAUUAAGAAACUGCAGCAAUGUAAUAUUUUAAAAAGCUGUCACUUACCAGGAUGUUUGAUAUUAUGUUUACUAAUCACUGUAUUAAAAACAUUUAUUUGUGAGGUCUGGAUAUGUAAAAUUAAAAGUUGAAAUCUACCCCUCUUUAUCCUACAACAAGACAACUCCGCCUUAGCUCCCUGCCAAUCGUAGUUAUAAGCGUUGACCUUUGUACCUAGAAGUUGGCAUAGAGAAAGCUUACAGAGUCAGGAGAAAUGAAACAAUGUUUCUAUUUCUCCUCUCCAUUUGCAAUACUUGCCUUGUCUGAACUGGAUUGUGAUGUCAUUGCUAAAUCUUUAAUAUAACUGUUUUUAAAGAAAACUGAGCAUCUCCUGAAUAAGAGUUAAAGAGACACUAUUGGAAACCAGACCACCUCAGCUCACUAAAGUGGUCUGAGUGCAGUGUCCCUUUUGCACUUUGUGUUUACAUUGAAGCUCUACGUCUGCCUCCAGUGGCUGUCUACCAGACAGGCACUGGAGGCUCUUCCUGCAUCCUAACGGACCUUUGAUCCGGUAAAUGACGCUGGACGUCCUCCUGCUCUGCAUGUGGACAUACACCGUUCAUUUGUUCCCCAUAGGAAAGCAUUGAUUUAAACACAAAAGCAAAAAAAAAGAUAUCUGCCAUACACACCUUUAAUUAAAUUCUUAGGGUGACCAUGAAAGUAAAUGUAUAUUUCCUGGGAAAGGCAAAAUCAGAUCAAUUAAUUAAAAAUAGUACUGCUUCUUUCUUUUUAAGGGGACACUAUAGUUGCCAGAACAGCUACAAUUGAAUGUAGUGGUCCUGGGGCAUGUAGCCCUGCAGGCUCAGCAUUGUACUCGCUGCCUUUUCCAAGAAAAAGCUGCGUUUACAAGGCUGUUUAAAUCCACUUCUAGUUGCAGCCUGGAAUGCUUUGCAUGGAGAUGCUGAACACUCUCCAUAGAAAUGCCUUGAAUCCGUGCACUUAUAGGAGGAGAUGCUGAUUGGCGCAAUAAGGUGAUUUCCCGUGCAAGUGCAGCAGCCCACCAAUGCUUCUCUUUGGGUAAGCAUUUCCUUGAAUUAGAUCAUCUGCUGACAGACCAGCACAACGGAGAAAGUUAGAGAAGUAAAUCUUACCACCUUACUUUAUUUUGGGGGGCUGGAAACCAAACCAGUAAGUUGGACACUAUAACAGGAAUACAUGUUUGUAUUCUUAAAGGGACACUAUAGUCACCCAGACCACUUCAGCUCAAUGCAGUGGUCUGGGUGCCAGGUCUCUCAGGUUUUAACCCUUCACAUGUAAACUUAGCAGUUUCUGAGAAACUGCUAUGUUUACAUAGCAAGGUUAAUCCAACCUCUAGUGGCUGUCUUCCUGAAGGGGAUUUAACCCCUUCAGCCAAGCGGGAGGGGGACCCUGAGGGUGAGGGUCUCCCAAGGAUGAAAUAGUGUCAGGAAAAUGAGUUUGUUUUCCUGACACUAUAGUGAUCCUUUAACAAUAUAGUGCGUCUUUUCUAUAACAGGCAUAGCUUAUUUGCAGUUUAACCCCUUAAGGACCAAACUUCUGGAAUAAAAGGGAAUCAUGACAUGUCACACAUGUCAUGUGUCCUUAAGGGGUUAAAAAAAACAAACAAAAAAACCACAGCUUUGCAGAUCAACUCAGAGCUUUUGUCAUUUUAUCUUCUAUGGAUUUACAUAUAACCGUGUGAAACUGAUUUUUGUGGCAAAAAAAAAUAAUUACAUAGCUGCUCACGGUAGAAAUAGACUUUUAAAAAAAGUUUUGGAACCCCUAAAUUGUUUUCUAAUUUUUUUUUUUCCUGUUACAGCUCAACAAUGGUGGUGGUAUGGAAAGCUGCCUCUCUCUGGGGGGCCAUAAGGCCCCUGUGGUCACUGUGGAUUGGAGCACAGCUGUAGAAUGUGGUACUUGCGUGACUGCUUCGAUGGAUGGGAAAAUUAGACUAACCACUCUCUUGGCACAGAAAUCCUAACAGAGCCAUGUCCAAUUCAGUUUGUGAAUCAAGCCUGAAAGAUCAGUAAAGUGCAAAUUUCUCUAAAAACUAAUGAAUUCUUGGACUUCCUAAAACCAUUUUGAGGAUUUAUAUGUAGCAAUCUAUUUUAUGCACAUGAAGAGAUCCAUUUUGUUAUCGAGAUCCUGGAGUAUAUUUAUUCCACAAGAUUAAUCCAGGACAUUGCCAAUUCAUAUUCCAGUGCAGGUACGUCUUGAUCACCACUGUUCCAAAAUAUGCUCUAACAUCUUUGAUGUGGAAGAGGACAAUUAACUUCUAAAUACUACUAUUUGAACAGCACCAGUGUAGAACUUGGCAUUCUGGUAGACUUCAUAGGGUGAUCUUAUGGAGUAUUUUGUUUCAUUUAUAUUGGGUACCACAUACAUUCUGAAUGCAGAAAAUUAGCCAGGUGCUCAGAUACCAACUAUGCUUAGCAGACCACAUUGGCUGUAGUAUUCAUCAGCCCAAAUGCAUGAACAAUAGAAAAAUCAAAAGAAAGAAAAAAGUUACAUGCGCACUAUCCUGUGUAGGUUUUUGGUAGGCUAUUAAAGCGUAAGAUCACCUACCUUACACCAGUGAUGCUAAAACCAUUCUGAAUAAAUGUACAUGGAGAUUUGGAAUAGUAUUCAUAUAACCUUUAAAAAAAAAAAAAAAAAAAAUAUAUAUAUAUAUAUAUAUAAUUUUUUUUAAUUUUUUUUUUAAACUACUACCAGUUCUUUGCAAAGGCUUCCAGAUGAAUAAAACAUGCAAAUGUGUGUUAAAUUCGCAACCAUUUUUGAAAGAGGCUUUCCAGAAACGUUUUUUUUUUGUUUUUGUUUGUUUUUCUUUUCUGUUCUGGGUUCACUUUGGACUUCUUUUAUUUUUAUUUUUUAAAUAUAUUUUGUGUUUUAAACCACGAUAUCCAUGUAUCUAUAAGUCAAAGCCUUGUGGAUUAAAAGUGUAAAUAAGGGUUUAAUGCGUCCAUACAAAUUACAUAGUAGUCAUCUUACCCAUGAAAAUGGAAGCACUGUCACUAAUUGCAAAAUUGUGCAGCCACAUAAUGACAAGAUUUUUAUACCAUCCUGCACUUUUUAUUUAACUCUAUAAACUUUAUUUGAUUAUGUUAUGCAGUAAGUGCGUUUAAAUUCAAAAAUGUAUCCUGUGCUCUUAUAUACAGUAAUAUUAAAGGGUUACUCCAACCAAAACAGUGUUUUAAUAAAACGCCUAACAGAAAAAACAAAAAAAGUAACUCUAACCAAAACCAGUGGUUACCCCCCUCCCUUGAUCCCCCAAGUGAGAAAAUAACAACAAAAAUAGACAUUAAAACUUAUCUCCAUUUAUAUCUGAGUUUAAGUUCUCCCCUAUUUGGCUUGUGUUGCUCCCAUCUCUGUAUGGGGAAAGGGGGGUCUUUGCUGCCAUUGGCUGUGCGUGUUGGCAUCAGAUGUAAAUUUUGCACAGAAUUGACAAUAGCCAGCCCGGAACUUUGUUCCUAGCUGGCGUAUGACACUGCUGAAGGUGGAGUUGUAUCUCUGGCAGCUAAGGGUUUACUCUCUAUAUGUGAAGCAUUUGAAAGUGAAAUGCACAUACAGCCUCCAGGCACCAUGGACAUUUGAAAUCACUAAAGUGAUCAUGGCACUGGAAGUAACCCUUUAAUAUUGCUGUCCUGUUAUUGCCAGAAACUUUGGCUUUAAUGAAAUUGAUCAGAAAUGCAUCACCAAAUCUAGAAGAACACACGUUGCUAAUACAGGUGAGAUUGACACGGUUAUUCAUUAAAGGCACACUGUAGGCAGCCAGACGACUUCGGCUCAUUGAAGUGGUCUGGGUGCAAUGUCCUUUAACGCUACAGUGGUAGUUAUUGCAGUUUCUGAGAAACUUCAAUAGUUCCCUCUGAGGGUUAACUACUCCUCUAGUUGCUGUCUACCAGACCGCCAAUAGCAGGACUUCCGGAAUCGAAACGGACCUCUGGUCUGUUAUCUGACGCUGGACAUCCUCACACCUUGCAUUAAGGACCUCCAGAUUCUUCCCCGUAGGAAAGCAUUAAAUAAUGCUUUCCUAUGGGGAGAUACUAAUGUGAGUGCAUGGGCAUUAGAUCUUUUCUGCACGCUGUCGGUGGGGAGAGGAUCGCGGGUGGAGUCUAACCCACCGCCGAAAGACAAUGGCGCUGGAUUCAUGUAAGUCACUGAAGGGGUUUUAACCCCUCGAGUGCCGUGGGAUGGGGCACUGCAAGAGCCUAUAGUGCCAGGAAAACGGGUUUGUUUUCCUGGCACUAUAGAAUCACCUUAAAGCGAGAUUUGCCAGGAAUUAAAGUUGUACUACAAAUACAAGUCUAAAAUAGCCAAACUGAAACAAUUCUUUAAGUCAACUAUGCUUUCAGUUUGUUUUCUUUGGCCUUAAAUUUGAAAUUCAUUUUGGAUUCCUCAAAAUUUUAACCCUGUGAGAUUUGGUUUGGAUGCCAAAGUUGGCAAUCCCUGGAGGAAGUGAAUAUUGUACUGAAUUCGAUGUACUGCAAGGAUUGGCUUUAUUUUUUAUUUACUAAAAUUAUCAACUUUAAUUAUUGUUAAUGUGCAGAUGGAAUGUAUGGAAAGCAAAGAAUGUCAUACAGAAUUUAUGUUGUUUUUCAUGCACAAACCUAUACAAAUUUAUUGUAGACUGUAUAUCUUGAAGUUUGUUAGUUUUUUAAUUUCUACUUUGUGUAUGCUGCAAACUACAUAUGUAAAUAUUCAAGUCGUGGGAAGUAAAUCCAAAGUCGGUAUUAAAACUGCCAAAUGUGUACUCUA